AUAGAUAGAUAACAUGAGUGGAAAAGAAAGUGUAAUAUAGUCACUCAUAUUCCACUCUCUUCUAUUUCACUAUCUCUUUUCCCGCCCCCUCUCUCUGCGCACAUACAUACAUACAUAUAUAUAUAUAUAUACAUAUAUAUAAAGUAAAGCUUGUUUAAAGAGAAAUAGCUGAUUAUCAGCUAGUAAAUAAUAUCACUAGUGUAGUUACAAAGGGGGAUUUGGUGUUCGAGAUGGAGACUUUAAGGUGACGUUUGGUGGUGGCUUUAUUUUUACCCUCCCACGUUUUUUUUUGUUUCCUUUCGUCGUCGUCUGAGAGGCAUUGGUCAACUGGUGUCAUUCUUGGUUGACAAAAUGUCUAACACAUUCCUACAUUUAGGAGACAUUGUAUCUCUUUAUGCUGAAGGCAGCGUAUGUGGCUUUAUUUCCACGCUGGGACUUGUGGAUGACAGAUGUGUUGUACAACCAGAUGCUGGAGAUAUUACAAAUCCACCCAAAAAAUUCAGAGAUUGUCUUUUCAAGAUCUGUCCCAACAAUCGUUAUUCUGCUCAAAAACAGUUCUGGAAAGCAGCUCGCCAUGGUGUAAAUGCCACGGAUGCUGUAUUGCUGAAAAAACUUCAUCAUGCUGCUGAGUUUGAGAAGAAACAGAAUGAAGCAGAAAACAAAAAAUUAUGGGGUGAAGUGAUACAGUAUGGUAAUGUGAUUCAGCUUCUACAUUUGAAGAGCAAUAAAUAUCUUACUGUGAAUAAACGGUUGCCUGCUUUGCUGGAGAAAAACGCCAUGCGUGUGACUUUAGACAGUGCAGGAAAUGAAGGAUCUUGGUUCUACAUUGUUGCUUACUAUAAACUACGAACACCUGGUGACAGUGUAGUUGUUGGAGAUAAAGUAAUUUUAAAUCCUGUCAAUGCUGAUCAACCAUUGCAUGCAAGCAAUUAUAACCUGAUUGAUAAUGUUGCAUGCAAAGAGGUGAAUUCUGUAAACUGCUCAACAUGCUGGAAGAUCAGUUUGUUUAUGGACUACAAAGAAAACAAAGAAGAUGUCCUGAAAGGCGGAGAUGUGGUACGUUUAUUUCACGCUGAACAAGAGAAGUUUUUAACUGGUGAUGAAUAUAAGAAAAGGCAGCACAUAUUUCUCCGAACAACAGGGAGAACAUCAGCUACUGCUGCAACAAGUUCAAAAGCUUUAUGGGAGGUUGAGAUUGUCCACCAUGAUCCAUGCAGAGGUGGAGCUGGUCACUGGAACAGCCUGUACAGAUUUAAACAUUUAGCAACUGAUCAAUAUUUGGCAGCCGAGGUUGAUAAUGACCCAACAGUGGAUUUAAUGCGAAACAAACUAAGAGGAUUCCUAACUAAUCAAGUGUAUUGUUUGGUGUCAGUCCCAAAUGGUAAUGAUAUUUCGUCUUUGUUUGAGCUUGACCCAACGACCACUAUACGUAGUGAUUCAUUAGUGCCAAGUUACAAGUUAGGUUCCCCAAUGGAAAGAUCUUCCUUUGUUCGUCUUCGACAUCUCUUCACAAACACCUGGGUACACAGUACAUCCAUACCUGUCGACAAAGAUGAAGAUAAACCUAUCAUGAACAAGGUUGGUUGUGCUUCCAUUAAAGAAGACAAAGAAGCCUUUGCAAUAGUUCCAGUUUCACCCCAAGAAGUUCGUGAUUUAGAUUUUGCCAAUGAUGCCAGUAAAGUUCUAUCCAAUAUUGCAAUGAAGCUGGAAUCUGGUUCAAUAACUCAGAAUCAAAGAAGGACUGUCACCCAACUUCUGUCAGACUUGCUAUAUUUUCUGGCCAACCAAGAGAACACUGGUGCGGACCCUCUAGAGCUAGAAGUAUCUAAACCAGAUCGUGAAAGACAAAAACUGCUCAGAGAGCAAAAUAUUUUAAAACAAAUUUUCAAAAUUCUUCAAGCACCAUUUAAAGAUACUGGUGAAAGACCAUUUCUUCGCAUGGAAGAACUUGCUGAUCAACGCCAUUCAAAUUACCGAUAUAUCUGUCAGUUAUGCUAUCGAAUUCUCAAUCUUUCCCAACAAAGCUAUCGAAAAAAUCAAGAAUACAUUGCCAAACAGUUUCCAUUCAUGCAAAAACAGAUUGGAUAUGAUGUACUUGCUGAAGAUACCAUCACAGCUCUUCUUCACAAUAACAGGAAGCUUUUAGAAGAACACAUCACUGAAUCAGAAAUUGAAACAUUUAUUGCUUUGGUUCGCAAGAACCGGGAACCAAGAUUGAAUGCUCCCAGUCAACCAUGGAGAUUUUUGGAUUACCUUUCUGACUUGUGCGUUUCCAAUCAAGUUGCAAUACCUAUUACUCAAGAACUAAUAUGCAAAAGUAUUCUUAGCCCAAAUAAUGCAGAUAUUCUCAUUGAAACUCGAAUUGAAAAAACUGAAGUGGAAGUGGAAGUGGAGGUUGAGAUUCAAGAUCCUCAUCAGGAUGCCGGACAGGUAACCUCCUUUUUGGACACACAGGAAGAAGAAGAUGUGAUUCUUGUCUGGGACAAUGAUCCUAAACAAAAAUCUAUCCGUGAGCUAGCUUAUGAAAAAGCUGAAUGCAUAGACAAUAAUGACAGAGAUAUUCUAGAAUACUACAGGCACCAGUUAGAUCUCUUUUCACACAUGUGCCUGGACCGACAAUAUUUGGCAAUUGACAAACUUAGUACAGAGCUUGACAUUGAACUGAUUCUGAAGUGUAUGGAGGAUGAGAUGCUGUCAAAUGAUAUCAGAGCAUCUUUUUGUCGUUUGAUGUUACACAUGCAUGUGGACCGAGACCCUCAAGAGAAGGUUACUCCAGUCAAAUAUGCCAGACUUUGGUCAGAAAUUCCUCAAAAGAUUCUGAUUGAAGAUUAUGAAACGCUUCAUAGUAAAGAUACUGAAAAGGAGAAAGUCAAAAGCAGAUUUGCAUCAACCAUGAAAUUUGUAGAGGAUUAUUUAUCUACAGUUGCUGCUGAUACAAGUUGGUCACAGAAGGACAGAUUCCAGAAUGAACUUACUUAUGAGGUUGUGAACUUGGCCAAACAUCUGAUCUACUUUGGAUUUUACACAUUCAGUGAUUUGCUUCGUCUUACAAAGACAUUACUAAUUAUACUUGAUUGCACUCCCAGUGAACAGAACGUUCGAAUGAACAAACUACUUGUUGAUGAAUCUGAAGACAAAAGCAGCCUUCCAGCUCAUUUAUUAACUAAGAAAAGUGUAGACAAAAACAGCACGAUUAUCAUGGACACAAAAUUAAAGAUUAUUACCAUACUUCAGUUUAUUCUUCAUGUACGCUUGGAUUACAGAAUCACUUGUUUGUUGACCAUAUUCAAAAGGGAAUUCCUGGAGAAAACCGAUGGCACACAAGCACUGGGUUUUGACAACGUAGCAGCUCAAGCGGAAGAUGUCUUUGGUGGGAGUUCUGAAACAGCGGAAUUAGAUUUAGAUGGACAAGGUGGUAAGAUGUUUCUCCGGGUUCUUCUUAACCUAGUGAUGCACAACUAUCCUGCAGUUGUAUCAGGAGCUCUCCAAUUACUCUUCAGGCAUUUUAGUCAACGGCAAGAGGUUCUUCAAGCUUUUAACCAAGUCCAACUAUUGGUGUCUACAAGCGAUGUUGAAAACUACAAACAGAUUAAACGAGAUUUGGAUGACCUGCGCUUGUUGGUUGAGAAAUCAGAACUGUGGGUGUAUAAGGCUAAACCACCCGAUGGCAAAAAGAAGAAAGCUACAAAAGAAGAAAAAGAGGGUGGUUCAAAAAAAGAAAAAAGUGAAUCUAAAAUGCGAAAACAAAAUGCCUGGGAACUUGGAGCUGAUCAAGGCUCAGCUAUUGAUCUGGGUUUAGGACCUAACAUUGAUAAAUUAGCAGAAGUUAAUUACAAAAAGAAAAAAGAAAUCCUAUUGCGCCUUACUAAACUGUGUGUCCAAGAAACAUCAGAGGGAAAUAAAAAGCCAAGGAAACAUGAACAACGACUACUUAGGAAUAUGGCUGCUCACUCUGUUGUUUUGGAAUUGUUACAAAUUCCUUUUGACAAGAACAAAGAUAUCCGUAUGCAUGAAAUUAUAAGACUGGCUCAUGAAUUUCUUCAGUGCUUCUGUCUUGGAAAUCCUGCAAAUCAGGUUUUACUUCAUAAAGAAGUUGACCUUUUCUUGAACCCAGGAUUAUUGGAAGCUCAGACAAUGAAAUCCAUUUUUGAAGAUAAUGUACUAUUAUGCAAUGAAAUUUCUGAACGAAUUGUGCAACAUUUUGUUCAUUGUAUAGAGACACAUGGCAGGCACGUUCAGUAUCUGAAGUUUCUUCAAACUAUUGUUAAGGCUGAAGGACAAUACAUCAGAAAAAGUCAAGACAUGGUAAUGGCUGAGCUUAUCAGUGUUGGAGAGGAAGUACUUUUGUUUUACAAUGACAAACCAUCAUUUGAUACUCUGGUGCAACUAAUGCGAUCUGAACGUCAUCGCUCUGAUGAGCGUAGUCCUCUAGCAUACCACAUCAAUUUAGUACAGUUACUAGCUUUGUGUACAGAAGGAAAGAAUGUAUAUACAGAAAUCAAAUGUCACUCACUGCUGCCUUUAGAUGAUAUUGUUAAAGUUGUGACUGAUGUAAACUGUAUUCCUGAGGUGAAAAUAGCUUAUAUUAAUUUUCUAAACCACUGCUAUGUAGAUACUGAAGUUGAAAUGAAGGAAAUUUAUACGAGUAAUCAUUUAUGGACAUUGUUUGAAAACUUUUUACUUGACAUGGCCAUUGUGAGCAAUGCAACAACUGACCGACAACAUGCUGACCUUGUCCUUGAACAAUAUGUUACCACUAUAAUUACUAGUAUCAUCACAACAUUUUUUAAUUCCCCCUUCUCUGAUCAAAGUACUACUGUUCAAACAAGGCAACCUGUGUUUAUAAAACUACUUCAGGGUGUACACCGAUUGUCCCAAUGUUUGUGGCUGAAUGGUGUGCAACGAUAUAAUGUUGAAAAUUGCAUCAAAACUCUUGCUGAUAUUGCAAAGAACCGCAGUAUUGCAAUUCCUGUUGAUUUAGCCACACAAGUAAAGAAUUUGUUUGAGAAGUCUCAGAUUGUCAUGAAGCACACCAAGCAUUGGAUAGCUACUGGCAGAAAACGAGAGUCUCUUCAUUCAAGUACUGUGUCCCGGGAUUAUAGAGUCAUCAUUGAAGGUUUACAGGAAAUUGUAGCUCUUCUGGAAGAACAGCUGAAACCUUUAGUCCAAGCUGAGAUGUCUGUGCUUGUUGAUGUCCUUCACCAUCCCGAGCUCUUGUUCGUUCAUGGAACAGAAGCUCGUAUCAAAUGUGAAAGUGGAGGUUUUAUUUCUAGACUGAUCAAGCACACAGAACGUUUACUGGAGGAGAAAGAGGAAAGAUUAUGUAUCAAGGUACUUCAAACUUUGAAAAAAAUGAUGACUGUCGAUAUUGAUUAUGGGGAAAAGAUUUUACAUGGAAAAGAACGUGAAGAUAGAGAGAAACUGUGGGAGGUGGACCUGAAGGCACUUAAUAAGACAGAGCUUGAUGACCACAGACGGGGUGAGGCUCUGCGACAGAGUCUGUUGACAAAAUAUUAUGGCAAAGAUUAUUUUCGAACAAGGCGAGAGAGUAUUAAUGCCAAUUCACCACAGAUGAAAAGCUUAGGAAUUAUUGGACCAGGUUCUGUAAUGGUCAGCCGAGCUGAAAUGACUCUCCAUGAAGUUCAAUGCCAUUUAGACAAGGAAGGUGCCUCUGAUCUUAUCGUGGACCUCAUUAUCCAGAAUGCGAGCAACCAAAUAUUCUUACAGACUGUUGAACUUGGAAUCGCUUUACUGGAAGGUGGCAACAGUGUUAUUCAGAAAUCUUUAUAUACAAGAUUGACUAAAGACAAAAGCUCUGAAAUAUAUGUCAAAGUGUUUUAUGACAAGAUGCGGGAAGCAGAAGCUGAAAUAAAGAAUACUAUAAUGGUUAAUACCAGUGAUACAUUGAGCUGCAAAAAAAUGACGACUAAUUCACCUCAGAAAGAAGUUAAUAAAGUUAGAAGUGUUGAUGGUAUGUCCAUCAUCAGUAGUGAAGGAGACAGUUCUUUAAGCCGGGGUGUUGGUCACGCUGAAGAGAUUGGAUCUGGUGAAGAGUUUCAUUCUAAUAAGACAACAAGCUGGGAGGAAACAAUGAUACAAGAUAAAAACAAAGUGUCUCCCCAGAUUGCUGUACUCCAACCAAUCUUGAGAUUUUUACAGCUUCUUUGUGAAAAUCACAACCGAGAUUUACAGAAUUACUUAAGGAGUCAGAACAACAAAUCAAACUAUAAUUUGGUGUGUGAGACCCUACAGUUCCUUGACUGCAUCUGUGGAAGCACAACAGGUGGUCUAGGUUUGCUGGGUUUGUAUAUCAACGAACAAAAUGUCGAUCUCAUUAAUCAAACUUUGACAACACUAACAGAAUAUUGUCAAGGACCUUGUCAUGAAAACCAGAAUGCAAUCGCUAUGCAUGAGAGUAAUGGAAUUGAUAUAAUUAUUGCACUACUACUCAAUGACAUCAAUUCCCUUGGCAAACAAGGAAUGGGUUUAGUCCUUCGACUAAAGGACAAUGCUUCUAAAUUACUCUUGGCAAUCAUGGAAAGCCGACAUGAUAGUGAGAAUGCUGAAAGAAUUUUGUACAACAUGAACCCAAAACAACUUGUUGCUGCUAUUGUUAUGGUGUUUAGGCAGGACAUCCUGGAUGAAAACUCACAAAAACCUGAGGUAAAAGUUGCAAAAGAAACCUUUCAUUCAGAAGAUGUUAUUGAUUGCGAUGCUGAUGAUGAAGAGGAGCACAGAGAUGGGCAAGUUUCGCCAAAAGCUGUCGGACACAACAUAUUCAUUUUAGCCCAUCAGCUUUCCCAACAUAACAAAGAACUGGCAAGUCUGCUGAAACCAACUGGUAAAGAUAUCUAUGGAGAUCAAGCCCUAGAUUUUUAUGCUAAACAUACAGCCCAAAUUGAGAUUGUGCGAAAUGACAGAACAUUAGAAAGAAUAGUUUUUCCGAUCCCAGAGAUAUGUGAAUAUUUAACAGAUGAAACUAAAAACAAAGUCUAUUAUACUGCAGAGCGAGAUGAUCAAGGGAGCAAAGUAGCUGAUUUCUUUGAGCGACAUGAAGAUAUGUUUGCUGAAAUGAAGUGGCAAAAACAACUUCGUGCUAAUUCCUUACUUUUCUGGUUUAGUAGUCAUAUGCUACUAUGGGGAAAUAUUUCAUUUAAUUUGGCUGUUCUCAUGAAUUUGUUAGUUGCCUUUUUCUAUCCUUUUGGACAGUCCACAAAAGAACUGGAUUCCCGCCUAUCAGGAUUAGUGUGGGCAGCCAUGUUUGCGUCCUUAGUCAUAGUCAUAAUGGUUCCUCGACCGGCAGGUAUUCGGACCCUCAUCGUUUCAACAAUAUUACGACUUAUUUACUCUGUUGGUUUAGCACCAACCCUCUGGCUUUUAGGAGCCUUAAAUGUGCUGAACAAAGGUAUAUUCAUUAUCAGUCUAAUGGGAAACAGGGGCAGUUUUACCCGCUCCUUUAAACACCUGCUGAUGGACUUUGAGCUUGUUUACCAUAUUAUCUAUUUGUUGCUGUGUGUGUUGGGCCUCUGUGUUCAUGAAUUUUUUUACAGUCUUCUUCUUCUGGAUGUUGUUUACAGAGAAGAAACCUUACUCAAUGUGAUAAAGUCUGUUACAAGAAACGGACGUUCAAUCAUUCUCACUACGGUUCUUGCCGUAAUUCUCAUCUACCUCUUUUCUAUCAUUGGUUACGUCUUCUUCCGAGAUGACUUUAUGAUGGAAGUGGAGCAUUUGACAGAAAUUCCAAACGACACUGUUUCUAAUAUUACAUCUGACACUUGCUCCAAUAAUGACAGCUGCUCUGUAAGUAAAUCAUGGGACCACUGGAACUGGUGGCAUAAAGAUGAAACAAGAGAUGAUGAUGUUGAAGAUAAACAGCGAGCAUGUGAUUCUCUGAUCAUGUGUAUUGUUACAUCACUCAAUCAAGGACUACGGAACGGAGGAGGUAUUGGAGAUGUCCUGCGCAAGCCCAGUAGUAAGGAACCAUUGUUUGUUGCACGAGUCAUCUAUGACCUUCUGUUCUUCUUCAUUGUAAUUAUUAUUGUCUUGAACUUAAUAUUUGGUGUCAUCAUUGAUACCUUUGCUGAUCUGAGAAGUGAAAAGCAACAAAAAGAAGAAAUAUUAAAGAACACUUGUUUUAUAUGUGGUUUGGACAGAUCAUCAUUUGAUAACAAAGCAGUGUCUUUUGAGGAACAUUUAAAAUCAGAACACUGUAUGUGGUAUUAUUUAUUCUUCAUUGUUUUGGUCAAAGUAAAAGACCCCACUGAAUUCACUGGACCAGAAAGUUAUGUCUAUGCAAUGAUUAAGGAUAAAAAUUUGGACUGGUUCCCUCGUAUGCGGGCUAUGUCUUUGACAGCAGAAGAGAGUGAUGGGGAACAGAAUGAGCUACGAAAUUUACAGCAGCAGCUUGAUAAUACAAACAAAUUAGUCCUUACCCUCUCACAACAACUCAUAGACCUCAAAGAACAAAUGACAGAACAAAGGAAACAGAAACAACGUUAUGGUUUACUGCAUUCUAACACACUACCAAUAGCAAAUAACCAGAACGUUUGAUUCCUUCACUACUAACAUCUUAGAUUUGUUCAAUGGAAGCUAUUGAUGUUCUCAAUGUCAUGUGAUGUUUGUACUGCGUCAAGUUCUCAAAACUGCUGCACUAUUACCGCUGCUACCAAAGAGAAUUGGUCACUAAGCUGCUGCUGCUAUCUUAGAGAAUUGGUCACAAAUAUCUCAUUCUAUUCACAUUGAGUAGAAUAUUAGACCUUAUUUCCGUAGUUACUUAUUUAACGGGAUUUUUCGGUUCUAUAUUUUUAUUUCAUUUAUAUAUAUUUAUUUAUAUUUUUGGAGGUUUUAUUGGGUUUCUUUUCUUUUUUUUUUUUUUUGUCAAUUUUCCUUUUAUAGAUAAUUGAAACAACAUAAAAACCACAAUUGUAAUUUAACCCACAUGAAUAUUUUUUUUCAUUUUUUUUUUUUUCAUUAACAAAUGAAAAUUGUAAUGAAAUCAGUCCUUCUUCCAAAAUAUUUCUGUGGUUUUUUUUUUUUUUUUGUGUGUGUUAUAUUUAUAGCUGAUACAUAAACCUCUAUAUGUGGACCCGACAAAACUUCUUUUAAAUGUAUAGAAAGUAUAUUUCACUUGGAGAACAUAUUCUGAAGUGAUCCGGCAAGGAGUUGUUUGAACCAUUUCAGUGUCUCUAUCUUUGGCAUAUAUCUGGAGGAAUUAAUCAGAUUAUACAUUAUACACAUUAAUACCAUUAGCUUUGUGUGUUGGUGCUUAUGUGUCCACAUGAGUGCUUAUAAAUAGAUCUAUACACAUAUGAGUAUGUGAGUGUAAACCUACAUUCUCCAUUUUAUUGCAAUAUUUGAUCACACAUAUAUGCAGUCAUGUAUAUCUCAAGAAAGCUGCAAAAAAUGCCUCUGUGUGCAUGCGUGCGUCCGUGUGUGUGUGUGUGUGCACAUGCGUUUAAAUUUAAACAAGGUGAGAACAUGCCCAACACAUGUAUGGGUGAGUGAUACUCUUUUUAUAAAAUUACAAAAUAUGAUUGUGUAGUACUGUGAUAUUAAUUUCCCAUUUGCUCUUUACAGAUUAAUAUUUAAUGUUUAGUAUCUUUCUUGUAUGCAUGUGUGCAUAUAUAUAUAUAUAUAUAUGAAUACACAAAGAUAUUCCUAGCAGGAUUGUUAACCAACAUUGAUUUAGUUGUUUUAUACCCACCUAAUCACACACACACACACACACACACACACACACUUAUCAUUUUAGAAAACACUUCCUAAUGAUGUUAUGUUCGAAACUAUCAUUUUGACAUCUUUUUUUUUCUCUCAUUAUACACUAAUGGUUAAGGGUUAACCUCCUUUUUUUUUUUUAAUUAAAUUUUAGUUUUUCAGUAUUACUCCAAGCAAAUGUGGAUUAUACCAACUUUUGUUGGAUGGUUGUUGCUGCUGUUAACAUCUACAUUCAGAAUCAGUAUAUGUAUGUCAUUAUGUAUAUAUAUAUAUAUAUAU